AUGUGGAAUGGAGAAGAAAGUCCUUUCAAGCCAAAGUAUGAGGCCGAGGAGCGUUUUCCCGUGAGGAACGUGAGAGUGGAUCUGCCUCCGCUCUUUGCUGGAGAUGGUAGCCAAAGUUUUCUCGGCUGGGUGAGACAGCUGGAGGUGGCCAUCCAGGCUACUGUGGGCACCGGUUCGGACUGUGAUGAGGAACUUGUUCGUAUCUUGCCCACUCGUUUAUGCAAGUCAGCGUUUCUCCUGUGGGACAGCCUUCCGGAUAGAGUGAAGCAUGAUUAUUCUGCCGUGAAAGAGAAGCUCGCUGGCGCAUUUGGACAGAGACAGUUUAUGGACCGCUUCAGAGCCACCCUCUCGGCUCGUCCCCGUGCUGCGGGCGAGAGCUUGGAAGUCUACGCAGCGGAUGUGAGUCGCCUGGUGGCGGAGGCUUUCCCGGACUAUGGGGUCGUGGCGCGCAGAGAGGAGAAGUUUCGGCGCUUCCUCGCAGGUCUGGAUCCAGCGUUGAAGAGCAAGUGUUUGGAGCAAGGCGCCACUGAUUUAGAAGAGGCGCUGACUAUCGCGGAAAGAUGCGAAAACGCUAGAGAGGCGCUACAGAGGGACUGUGUGAGUAACUAUCCGUUCAAUCCCCAUGUUGCUGAGUCCAGAGCUGUGGUUCAGGCUGUUACGUCCAAUGACAGUUUAUAUAAGGCUGUGGAUCAAUUAAGCCAAGAGAUGCAUGCUAUGAGGAUGGAAAUGAAGAGUGUUUAUGAAGAAAACCAGAGACUCAGGAACAGUGAUAUGGGCCAGAGGCAGUUCGUGGGGCGCCGGUCUGGUUUUGGGGGACGUUGUGAGUGCACCUGCGGUGAGCCUGGCUGUCAAGGAAGGUGGGCAAUGCAGAGACGUCAGGGUCGCUCGCCCGAGCGCGGAGCUGUUUCCCCCCCUGGUAAUCUCGCUGCGCGCACCCCACAACGUACAGGCCAGUCUCCCGAGUUCCGUCCACCACGAAGCAGGAGUCCCAGCCCCGGAUGGCGUGCCCGUCGUGAGGAAGGAUCCUGGAGGCGCGGUGUUCAUUUCCAGCAGCAGAGUUCUCCCAGGGAUCCCGAGCAUCAGGGAAACUUCCAGUAG